AUGAUACAUAUAAAGAUUGAAGAAGAUUUCCGCUAUAUUUCCAAGACCGAAGUUGUCAAAAAAAUGAUUGAACUAGUUCAUGAAUUGCAGGUAGGCCCCUAAUGAUCUAUUUUAGUGUAUCUACGCUAGCAUGUGUAUUCUUAUACUUCAGAAACACCAAAAAGAUCCUUUCAGAUAGAUUGUUCUAAAUAAUUGUGUAUAAAGUUUCUUUUGUUUUUACUUUUUAGGACCAUAAAGUCCAAAUUCCUUUUGUCUGAAACAAAUUGGCAAUCUUCCUGUCAUUCUGAUUGAUCAGGAAAGUAUAUAUCUCAUUGUUGGAAAACACAUUUUGCUGCGUACCGAUGUUGGUAAAAUAGCAGAAGCUGUUGUUGCCUUUUAGCCCUUAAUGGAUUUUGAUUAUCCCAAACAACACGAGCUAAGAUUGGCAUUCCUACAAUUUCUUGUUUUUAAAGACAACCGAAUCCCAAACAACAUUAGUGCAAUUUGCAGUACCAUAUUAAAGUCAUAUUAAAAAUAUAAAGAAGGCUCUGCAUGAGUAACUCAACGAUUAAACUGUAGAUACUCUAGGUACAAAUUAGUUUCAGAUUCCAUAUAAUACAUUCUUUAAUCCUGUUUAUUUUGAUAUUAGAAUUCUGCAAUUUAAUUUUCUUGAAUUGAGAAAGUAGGAGAAUAGCAAGAAAAGUUUACUUUGUGUAAGAAAAUAUUUCUUGAAAGAUAUUUUCUAUUUCUUGAAAGAUAUUUUCUUGAAACAAGAAAUUAAAUUUCAAGAAAUAUUUUCUUAUUGAGUAAUCAUUUUCUUACUGAGUAAAUAUUUCUCGCUAUUCUCCCACUUUCUCAAAAUAAGAAAAUAUUACUUGAAUUAAGUAAAUAUUUCUUAAAUCAAGUUUGUUUUUCUUAAAACAAGGUAUCAACAUUUCUUAUUUUAAGAAAUUCUUUCUCAGUAUUUCUUGGUAUGAGAAUGAAAUUUCUUGUUUCAAUAAACAGGUUUGAAUAUAUUUGUUGUUAUUUACUUAAAACAAGAAAAUUUAUUUUCUUGGUUUAAGAAAAUAAUUUCUAGGUAUGUUUUCUUGACUAGAAAUUAUUUCUCGCUAUUCUCCCAUGAAAAUAUUUCUUAUUUCAAGAUAAAAAAUCUUGAAAUAAGUUUUUUUUUCUUAAAAUAAGAAAACGAUUUUUUGCUGUGUAGUAAUACAUGACCUUUCUUAGGCCAAACAAAGACCGCGAGUUGAACUUCAAGAUCGAUUUAAGACUGUUUGAAAUAUUGUUGUGCUACUUUUAGGCCUCUUCUUACUUAGGCUUGUAGGUUGUACUAAGUAAAAAAAAGUUUGUAGGUUUGUAAUAAGUAAAAAAAAGAGCGAACUGAAUUUUGCUCUAUAAGUUUUCUGUGGAUGGGAAAAUAUGAAAGCUUUAGUGCCAAGAUCGAAAGCGUUAAAAUGGGUGCAGUGGUUGGAAGAAAAUGGGCGUGGUUCAAACCUAACCGUCCGAAAUGUUAACUCUCUGUACAACUCUAACUGUAAUAAUUCUCUGUUUAGGCGUUUCACGUAAAUAGAGAUUACUUCAUGCAUGGUUGGUUCGUUUGUACGAUUUUUAUGCACUCGUUGCGAAAAAUUCCUAUACAUAGGCAUUGUUCGCAACGAGUGCAUAAUAAAAAUCGUACAAACGAACCAACCAUGAAGUAAUUUGUUUAUUUUAUGAGUUAUUUUAUAUUAUUGUGAAAUUUAGUGCCGAGUAUAGACACAAUUUAAACGUUUCCAAAAUUCGCAUCAAAAAGUUCCAUAAUACAACAACUCUUUCUUCAAGUAUCUCUCGAAGCUGGCAAACAUAGAACGUAGGGAACUAUGUUUGUCAUCAAUCAAUUUUAUUUAAAAUCAAAGCACGCCAGCCUCGCACAACUAAAAGCUGAUUUACAGGAGGGGCGUGAUCUAUAAAACAGUAGAAUAUAUGGAAUAUUAUAUGAACCCCCAACCUCCCCCCAACAACAAAGUGAGAAAAAUAAAGUCAAGCAAAGUAAAUAAAGAGAGUUAACUAUAAUUAAGUCAACGUGGUUCUAAAAGGACAGUUCCGCAAUACUACGCUUAAAUUGACUGAGCGAAGUCGCUCUUUUUGCAUCUAAUGGAAGAUUAUUCCACAGCAUUGAUGCGCUAUAUUUAAAGCUUCUCUUCAAAAAAUUAGUUUUUGGUUUUGGAAGUGCUAGAUCCGUUUCCUGAUUUCGUAAAUUAUGGCGUCUAUUAAGUUCAGUAAGUCUUACAAGGCUUUCUCUUAAACAUGGCGUACAAUUUUCAUUAAGGAUUUUAUACAUUAGGAUACUCUUCAACUUAGACCGCCUAACAUGUAGAUUAUCCCAUCCUAAACCAUCCAAAAGAUCACUUGAUCUAAUCAUAUCUUGCUCCAGUGAUAACCCUAGCCGCACGAUUUUGUAAUAUUUGCAAUUUAUCUUUUAAUAUUUUAUCGCAUGUAUCCCACAGGGGAGAGCAAUAAUCAAAAUAUGGUUAAACCCAGAAACACAUGGAAAUUAGCAAUCAUAGAAGAACUUAUUCGAGGAAACGAUGGAUUAGUGCGAGCCGCAAACAUCCGCACAAAAAAUGGUCGCACGAACAGACCAAUCACCAAAUUAUACCCGUUAGAGAUCUCCGCAGAAAUUAGCAAAGAACAACAGAAACAAUCGAAUGGCGCGGAAGAAACCGACACGCGAACAAUUGCUGAAAACAAUUCAUCACGACCAAAGAGAGCGGCGGCUCUAAGAGCAAGAAACAAAAUUUCAAAAUGGGUCGAAGAACUUUCCCCGGCCCCGGAGGAUGUUGAAUAAUGCUAGAUUAGAUUACUAACUUUAAACCUAUCUUUAUCUUUAAAGUAGAUCAUUAACAUUCAUAUUUCUAGGCUAGUUUUGUGUUAGCUGUGCCUCGGUCACAUGACAGUUGUUUUGGCGCACUUUUAUAUAGUUUUAGAAAAACUCGAAACACAACGCUUUGUAAUAGUUUUAUACACAAUAAUAUUCAACCAAACAAACCUGGUCCUCGUCUUUUACGACAGUUCCUGACGCUGAGGACAAGGUUCCUGCCGCUGUGGACAAGGUUCCUGACGCUGAGGAAAAGGUUCCUGACGCCGUGGAAAAGACUCCUGACGCUGAAGACAAGGUUCCUGAUGCUGAGGACAAGGUACCUCACGCUGAGUACAAGGUUCCUGACGCUGGGAACAAGGUUCCUGACGCUGACGACAAGGUUCCUGACGCUGAGAACAAGGUUCCUGACGCUGAGGUCAAGGUUCCUGAGGCUGAGGACAAGGUUCCUGACGCUGAGGACAAGGUUCCUGGCGGUGAGGACAAGGUUUCUGGCGGUGAGGACAAGGUUCCUGGCGGUGAGGACAAGGUUCCUGGCGCUGAGGACAAGGUUCCAGGCGGUGAGGACAAGGUUCCUGGCGGUGAGGACAAGGUUGCUGACGCGGAGGACAAGGUUCCUGACGCUGAGGACAAGGCUCCUGACGCGGAAGACAAGGUUCCUGACGCUGAGGACAACGUUCCUGACGCUGACGACAAGUCGCCUGAUGCUGCGGACAAGGUUCAUGACGCUGAGGGCAAGGUUCCUGAGACUGAGGACUAGGUUCCUGACGCUGAGGACAAGGUUCCUGACGCUGAGGACAAGGUACCUCACGCUGAGGACAAGGUUCCUGACGCUGAGGACAAGGUUCCUGACGCUGAGGACAAGGUUCCUGACGCUGAGGAAAAGGUUCCUCACGCCGAGGACAAGGGUCCUGACGCGGAGGACAAGGUUCCUGACGCUGAGGACAACGUUCCUGACGCUGACGAGAAGUCGCCUGAUGCUGCGGACAAGGUUCAUGACGCUGAGGGCAAGGUUCCUGAGACUGAGGACUAGGUUCCUGACGCUGAGGACAAGGUUCCUGACGCUGAGGACAAGGUUGCUGACGCUGAGGAAAAGGUUCCUGACGGCGAGGACAAGGUUCCUGACGCUGAGGACAAGGUUCCUGACGCUGAGGACAAUGUUCCUGACGCUGACGACAAGGCGCCUGAUGCUGUGGACAAGGUUCAUGACGCUGAGGGCAAGGUUCCUGAGACUGAGGUAUAGGUUCCUGACGCUGAGGACAAGGUUCCUGACGCUGAGGACAAGGUACCUCACGCUGAGGAGAAGGUUCCUGUCGCUGAGGACAAGGUUCCUGACGCUGAGGACAAGGUUCCUGACGCUGAGGAAAAGGUUCCUGACGCCGAGGACAAGGUUCCUGACGCUGAGGACAAGGUUCCUGACGCUGAGGACAAUGUUCCUGACGCUGACGACAAGGCGCCUGAUGCUGUGGACAAGGUUCAUGACGCUGAGGGCAAGGUUCCCGAGACUGCGGAGUAGGUUCCUGACGCUGAGGACAAUGUUCCUGACGCAGAGGACAAGGUAUCUCACGCUGAGGACAAGGUUCCUGACGCUGACGACAAAGUUCCUGACGCUGAGGACAAGGUUCAUGACGGUGAGUACAAGGUUCCUGACGCUGAGGACAAGGUCCUGACGUUGAGGACAAGGUACCUCACGCUGACGACAAGGUUCCUGACGCUGAGGACAAGGUACCUCACGGUGAGGACAAGGUUCCUCACGCUGAGGACAAGUUGCUCACGCUGAGGAAAAGGUUCCUGACGCUGAGGACAAGGUUCCUGACGCUGAGGACAAGGUUCCUGACGCUGAGGACAAGGUACCUCACGCUGAGGACAAGGUUCCUGACGCUGAGGACAAGUUGCUCACGCUGAGGACAAGGUUCCUGACGCUGAGGACAAGGUUCCUGGCGUUGAGAACAAGGUUUCUGGCGGUGAGGAAAAGCUUCCUGGAGGUGAGGACAAGGUUCCUGACGCUGAGGACAAGGUUCCUCACGCUGAGGACAAGAUUCCUGGCGGUGAGGACAAGGUUCCAGGCGGUGAGGACAAGGGCCCUGGCGGUGAGGACAAGGUUGCUGGCGGGGAGGACAAGGUUCCCGGCGGUCAGACCAAGGUUGCUGACGCUGAGGACAAGGUUCCUGGCGGUGAGGACAAGGUUCCUGGCGGGGAGGUCAAGCUUCCUGGCGGUGAGGACAAUGUUCCUGGCGGUGAGGACAUGGUUGCUGGCUGUGAGGACAAGGUUCCUGACGCUGAGGCCAAGGUUCCUGGCGGUGAAGACAAGGUAUCUGGCGGUGAGGACAAGGUUUGUGGCGGUGAGGACAGGGUUCCUGGCGGUGAGAACAAGGUUUCUGACGCUGAGGACAAGGUUCCUGGAGGUGAGGACAAGGUUCCUGGAGGUGAAGACGAGGUUGCUGGCGGUGAGGACAAGCUUGCUGCCGGUGAGAAUAAGGUUCCUGGCGGUGAGGACAAGGUUCCUGACGGUGAGGACAAGGUUGCUGGAGGUGAGGACACGGUUGCUGGCGGUAGGACAAGGUUCCUGGCGGUAACGAGAAGCUUCCUGGCGGUCAGGACAAGGUUAGUGACGCUGAGAACAAGGUUUCUGACGCUGAGGACAAGGUUCCUGACGCUGACGACAAGGUGCGUGGCAGUGAGGACAAGGUUCCUGACGCUCAGGAUAAGUUUCCUUACGGUGAGGAGAAGGUUCCUGGCUGUGAGGACAAGGUUGCUGGCGGUGAGGACAAGGUUCCUGGCGGUGAAGACAAGGUUCCUGGCGGUGAGGACAAGGUUGCUGGCGGUGAGGACAAGGUACCUGGCGGUGAGGACAAGGAUCUUGGCGGUAAGGACAAGGUUCUUGGCGGUGAGGACAAGGUUCCUGACGCUGACGGCAGGGUUCCUGGAGGUGAGGACAAUGUUCCUGGCGGUGAGGACAAGGUUGCUGGCGGUGAGGACAAGGUCCUGACGUUGAGGACAAGGUACCUCACGCUGACGACAAGGUUCCUGACGCUUAGGACAAGGUACCUCACGGUGAGGACAAGGUUCCUCACGCUGAGGAGAAGUUGCUCACGCUGAGGAAAAGGUUCCUGACGCUGAGGACAAGGUUCCUGACGCUGAGGACAAGGUUCCUGACGCUGAGGACAAGGUUCCUGACGCUGAGGACAAGGUUUCUGACGCUGAGGACAAGGUUCCUGACGCUGAGGACAAGGUUCCUGACGCUGAGGACAAGGUUCCUGACGCUGAGGACAAGGUUCCUGACGCUGAGGACAAGGUUCCUGACGCUGAGGACAAGGUUUCUGACGGUGAGGACAAGGUUCCUGGCGCUGAGGAAAAGGUUCCUGACGCUGAGGACAAGGUUCCUGACGCUGAGGACAAGGUUGCUGACGCUGAGGACAAGGUUCCUGACGCUGAGGACAAGGUUCCUGACGCUGAGGACAAGGUUCCUGACGCUGAGGACAAGGUUUGUGACGCUGAGGACAAGGUUCCUGACGCUGAGGACAAGGUUCCUCACGUUUAG